AUGGUGCUGUGGCGGAUCCGCACGGCGAUGUGUUCUGGGAAUAUAAGUAGCUGUGCUUACUUGCUUGAUCGACCGUGUGCUGCGACGGAGGUCCAAGAUGCAGAGCGGUUGGUGGAGGAGCUACGGUAUGGGAUGGAAGCGCUAGAACGGUCGAUUGCGGCGGAUGUUGUCUUUGAGGGUAUAAGAAUGAUACAUAAGGAAGCAGAGAGAGUCUACGAGACUGUUUUGAUGGACUAA